AUGAAGAUGAUAAUAUUGAUAUGGUAUCUCUUUGUCUUCUCAACAACUUGUAAUUCUUCUGAAAUUUCGCAAAUAAAGGAGCCAAAAUUUAUUGACUUGGAUAAGAAUGAAGAAAAUCAAAUAAAUCAAAGAAAUAUCACCUACUAUACUCUCAAAGAGAGAGAAGAAAUCACCCCAAAGCUAUUGGAAUCACUAUUCUAUCACAAUCCUCGAACGGUAAUAUAUGUACAAGAUUCAAAUACAACAAUAGUCCCUACUGAUGAAAUAUUGGAAACGCAAAAUUUGACAAGAUUAACCAAUCUUGAAUAUAUUGAAGUCAAGCAUAAUUUCAAGCAAACUCAAUAUAACUAUAUUCCCAUUUCACCUUGUAUUUCCAAUAACCCAUUCAAAUUGGAUCCACCAUUAAUGGGGGUAGCGUGGACUCAUCGUCUAGCACUAUCAACGAGAUUCAGUGGCACUUUUGGUGGAAUAUUAAGUGGCGGAUAUCUACUAAACUCAACGACGAUAGGAUUGACAUUGGGUGAAAUAACAAGGAUAAAAUUUGCCAAGGAAAGAUCAGUCGAUUCUUUUGCUGCUUGUUAUCUGACUAAUAGAGAAGCUGCUAGAUUGUUUGGGUAUAUACCGAUGUAUACCACAGAACCAAUCACGAGGCGCAUUAGUUUUCACAAUUGGCAAAAUCGCAAACUGGGGGGGAAAAAGAAUAGCUUUUUUGAUGCAAGGAAUAGCGGUGACUUUAAUUCAAGGGCAAGGGUAGAGCUUGGUACAAUGUGGUUCCCUUCAAAGCCAAGGCGAUUAUUGAGUGACGAGCCGGUGAUUAUGGUAUGUGAUGUAGGUACGAGAGAUGGUUUGAAAUGCAAUGAGAAUAAGGGUAGGAUAGUUGAUAGUUAUGGCAAUGAGAUAUUAUGGGAAAGCGAAUAUUGA